GGUCAAGGAAAAAGCGUUAAGGCCCCCGUUUCCCCCCGGUUGCGAGAAAUCCUCAGCCGAACGACGACAUCAUCACCAAACCACCCAGCACAAGACAACAGAAAAUCAGUCAAAAUGGCCCGUCGUCCCGCUCGUUGCUACCGGUACUGCAAGAACAAGCCGUACCCCAAGUCGCGGUUCAACCGUGGUGUGCCUGACCCCAAGAUUCGUAUCUUCGACCUGGGCCGCAAGCGUGCUACUGUCGAUGACUUCCCUCUGUGCAUCCACCUCGUCUCGAACGAGUACGAGCAGCUGAGCUCCGAGGCUCUCGAGGCUGCCCGUAUUUGCGCCAACAAGUACCUGGUCAAGAACGCCGGAAAGGAAGGUUUCCACCUGCGUGUCCGCGCCCACCCGUACCACGUCGUCCGCAUCAACAAGAUGUUGUCGUGCGCUGGUGCCGAUAGACUGCAGACCGGUAUGCGUGGUGCCUGGGGUAAGCCCAACGGCACUGUCGCCCGUGUCAACAUCGGCCAGAUCAUCCUGAGUGUCCGCACUCGUGACUCCAACCGUGCUCUUGCCCUGGAGGCUCUCCGUCGCUCGCAGUACAAGUUCCCCGGUCGCCAAAAGAUCAUUAUCUCCAAGAACUGGGGUUUCACCCCCCUCCGUCGCGAGGAGUACCUCGAGAAGAAGGCUGCUGGUCGCGUCAAGGUCGAUGGUGCUUACGUUCAGUUCCUUGCCAACCACGGUUCCCUCGAGAACAACAUGAAGCGCUUCCCCGAGGCCUUUGCAGCUUAAUUUUAUCCACGUUUUAUCGUUAAGCUGGAUUAGGCUGGGUUUGAGGACAGGACUUGCAUGAUUGUUUUAUUUCUCUGGGUUUCCAUGGCGGCGUAAUUGGGGUUCAUUCUCGAAAAAGGGCUGAGACGGGAAAGCAUGUUCAGUAGUCAUCUAGAACUAGGCACAAACCCGCGGCUUCUGUGUUCUCUAUGGAA